CUCUUUCCGGAGCGCCUCGGCCCUUUCCGUCAUCAGCGCCUUUCACUGCGGCUCCAUCGAGCGGACUGGCCCGCUGCUCUCAUCCGAGACCUCCGUGCACCCUGUCGGAUCCCUUCCAUCCCGCCCGCCGGCUCCCCGGAAGCCUCCAGCGUCCGUACAAAUGCAAGCUAUAAAAUGUGUGGUGGUCGGCGACGGGGCUGUGGGUAAGACCUGUCUACUGAUCAGCUACACCACCAAUGCCUUCCCGGGUGAAUACAUCCCCACUGUCUUCGACAACUACUCUGCCAAUGUGAUGGUGGACGGGAAACCGGUCAACCUGGGACUGUGGGACACCGCAGGACAGGAGGACUACGACCGGCUGAGACCACUGUCCUACCCACAGACGGAUGUGUUCUUGAUAUGCUUCUCCCUGGUCAGUCCCGCCUCCUUUGAGAACGUCCGAGCCAAGUGGUACCCUGAGGUGCGACACCACUGCCCCAACACGCCCAUCAUCCUGGUGGGAACCAAGCUGGACCUGCGAGACGACAAGGACACCAUCGAGAGGCUGCGGGACAAGAAGCUGUCCCCCAUCACCUACCCCCAGGGCCUGGCCAUGGCCAGGGAGAUAGGUGCGGUGAAGUACCUGGAGUGCUCGGCGCUGACCCAGCGGGGCCUGAAGACGGUAUUCGACGAGGCCAUCCGGGCCGUGCUGUGCCCCCCGCCCGUGAAGAAGAGGGGCAAGAGGUGCACCAUGUUCUGAGGGGAGGGGGGGCGCACGGCUUUCCACUGCACCACAUCACCAUGAACAACUACCACUACUUCU